CAGCAUCGUACAGCAGACAACGAUGUGGCACCCGCGUUGUUAACCUUAAUCUUAACCAAAGUGCUAAUAAUUUUCGCGUAAAAUAUGUUGCCACAUUCUCAAUAACCCCGGUCCACGGUUAGAUAAUGAUAAAAUAAUCACCUGCACGUGUUAUGUACAUAUUUAAAAAAUACAAAAAUGAGGGUGUCGUUAGUUAUCUUGACUAUAUUGAAAUUUUUGGACAUAUGCACGUUUACGUACGCAUGGGACAACGAGGAAUUAGAAGUUUUCGACGUCGUAGAAGAAGUUAAUCAAAACUUUUACGCGCUUCUGGGUGUUCCUCAGGAUGCAAAUUCUACAGACAUCAGAAAAGCCUUCAGGCGAUUGUCUCUUGUACUACAUCCUGAUAAAAACAGUGCGCCAGAUGCUGAAGAAAAAUUCAGAAAUCUAGUUGCUGUGUACGAUGUCUUGCGGGAUCCUGGUAAACGAGAACGUUAUAACAAUGUUCUCAUCAAUGGUCUACCUAACUGGCGGUCUGCUGUAUAUUACUAUCGACAUGUACGAAAAAUGGGACUCCUGGAAAUGAGUAUAAUCCUAUUUAUUGUCAUUACAAUUGGCCAGUAUAUCGUUGGAUGGGCAGCAUACUUUGAAAAAAGAUAUACCUAUGAACAAGUGUUAGGAAGUAAGCUGCAAAAAAUGCAGAAGAAGAAUAGAAAAGGUAAAAUGGAUGUGCCAGACUUAGCAGAUAUACUAGAAAAAAUUCCCACUCCAAGCAUUUGGAAUACACUGCCAUUCCAAUUACCUCGAUGGACCUUCCUAUCUAUAGUGGGUAUUCCAUCUGGGAUACGAGCUAUUAGAGAAAUUUUAGCAGAGAGGAAACGCAGAAAGAAAGAAGAAGAAGAACUCGCUUUGGCACAAGAAAACGAAGAACCUGAACCAGAGCCAGUGCCUCGUGGUCCAAGACGCCGCCGAGCUGGGUUUACACCACAAGAACGUAGUGGAAAUAAUUAUAGCGAACCAAUUUCAAAUUAUAGAAAAGAAAAUCACCACACAAAUCAUGUGGCCGAAAAGCCUAAACCUACAGGGGGAGGGCUUUGGACUGACGACGAUAUUUCGGAAUUGAUAAAGCUUGUGAAGAAAUUUCCUGGAGGUACAACAGACCGAUGGGAAAAAAUUGCAGAAGCUAUGAAUCGAACUGUAGCCGAAGUUACGCACAUGGCCAAGAAAGUGAAAGACGAGGGUUUAAAGCCAGGUCAAGUUGCCGAAGAAGCUCCUGCAGAAGAACCACCAAAGAAGAUGAAGACUCGAGCUGAAAUAGUAGACACAGUGAGUGAAUGGAGCCAAGAACAACAGAGAGCCCUCGAAGCUGCAUUAAGCAAAUAUCCGAAAGGAAUGUCACAAGAUAGAUGGGAGAAGAUAUCUGCUUCCGUGGAAGGCAAAUCUAAGGAAGAGUGCCAAGUACGCUAUCGUCAGUUGGUAGAGCUCAUCAAGAAGAAACAACAGCAGUAAUUAAACAUGUGAAGUGUAUUGGACAUUGUUUUGUUAUUAAUACCUCUCGGGAAAGUAUUUAUUGAAAUAAAGCCCACAGUCUAUUGAGUAAUGAAUCUAAUACCGUGAGACGUAAGACUUGUAUCCUUGAAUCUAUUUAAUCUAUUUUUAUUGACGACUUGGAACAAUGAGGUUGGUGAAUAGUACGACAAUUAAAUUCAUUCACGCUCAACCAGACAGGCACAAAUCUAUUUUUGUAUACUUGCUUUGAUAAUUGUUCCCUGAUAAAGAAAAUGUAGAUAUUGUCUCAAUCUCAGCGCACGGAAUUCGAUUGUUACUUGGUUUACUGUGGAACUUUCAAAGAA